AUGCGUCGAGCGGUUCCCGAUGCCCCAGAUCUCGCUCUACCAUUUCUGAACGAGUGUCGGCCCUUUGACCAGAACCCGCCUCUUCCCUGGAUCCUGACCAAUCCCACUUUCGAUCUGGAUGGAGAUAACACCAACCCUCUUUACUCCUACAAGUUCCAAAAGGGAGUCGCAGACAAUCAUGAGAAGCCAUCCGAUGCUCAGCGAUACAGCAAGUCGACGGGUUCACAGACGGCUCGGUACCCGCUUGCGGGUGUUGCUGAUUUGAAUGGGGAUAAAUCUACCAAUGAUCCAGCCAACCAUCCCAGCAUAUUGAACGGCAAUAUCGCAGUGUGGCUGAAUGGGAAAGUUCAACUUGGAAAUAAAGCGUCUCCAACGCCGAUUCCGGACACUGUAUCCGUCGUUGCUAGGUACAAGGUCAGCCUCGAUGCUCCAGACUACACUCUGUUCUCGAACAAGGCUUCCAGGGGCGAGUGGCUUCACAAAAUGAGAGGCACAUUGCAGAACAAGGCUCCGUUCAAGUUCCACACAUCGCUCGAAGACCCUCACAAUGCUGUGCACCUCGCCAUCGGAGGCUUCUACCAAGGUGGGGAAGAUAAGGCCAAGCCCAUCGAGGGCGCUCACGGUGACAUGGGCGAGAAUGAAACCGCCAGUUUCGAUCCCAUCUUCUUCCUACACCAUGCCUUCAUCGAUUAUGUCUUCUGGACGUGGCAAGUCAAGCAUGACCUUACCCAGGCGGGUAGCUUAUCAGUGGAGUAUGAUAUCACGGCGGGAACGCUCAGCGCAGGGAGCCCCGUCCUACCUCCGGGAAGCAAGCUGGGGAUGAUCAGUCCUCUUGCACCCUUUUUGAAGUCAGGCAGUGUCAGUGAACCUAUGUUCUACACCUCAGACGACAUCACCAAUAUCACCCAGCUGGGCUAUGGGUAUGGCGAGGGCUCCCUCGAUCUUCCGACCAGCGGACCGGUUCUUGGUGAUCCUGAACUUCCACUCCUCGCCGUUGCCCGCGUCAGCGGCAUUAGCACCAAAGACCAUGAGGGAUCUUUUGUCAUCCGCACCUCUGCUAAGCUUCCUGACGGGAGAGAAAACAAGCUUGAGACGUUUACAUACAUUCACUUUGGCGAGGACCUGAUGAGAGCAAUUGGAGCCGAGCGCAAAGAGGAUAUCCAGAGCAAGCUGACUGUUUCUGUCCAAAAACGCGGUCAAUUUUCACCAGCAAAAGACUCUUUCGCUGUAACACAGCCGAUGAUCGAGAUCUUUUAA